GAUAACUUAACAUCAACCGACUGGCACAUAAAACUUGCUGCGGGCUCUACGCGCAGAUAAGUGUGUGUGCACGUUUACCGAACUUUAGUGGGCGUCUAAUAUCGGCUGUCCAUACGCUCUUGCGCCCAAGCCAGAUAGACAGAUUUAUCUGUCUUGCAUCUUUCUGAAGUUGGAUAAGAGAUGACGGUUCCAUAGCGGACGCAUAAGGCGGCCUAAAUCACAAUCAAAGAGGAAUAACAACUGGGACGACAACUGAAGACAACCUCAGAAGUUAGCAUGAAGCCGCGCUCGUUGUAACUCAAUCAUUCGAAAGGUUUAUGUCCAGUAUUUUUGAUUAAAUACUCGACAAUAUUUCCUGCAUGAACAUAUUUUAAAAAGACGAUCUCGUCUGGCUUGGUUAAUGUUAUUUUGAAAUUAUGAUUCGUGUCACGAUGAACUCCAGACGCACGCCGUUUUGUUUAGCUGGUUGGGAGUCAAUGGUGCUGUCCAGCGUCCUGCUUUUUCACGUCAUUCCAUUGUAUACUUAUGGCAGUUUAUUCAUCUCCAGUUCUACUUACACUAACGCAUCACACUCAAAGAGGGUGGAGCUUAAGCCUGCACUUCCUGGUGUGGCCACACCAAUCACCUUGGCUCAAACUCACUAUUGGAAACCACGAGCUGGGGAGGAUUCUGGCAGUGGUGGAGAAAGUGGGACCUCAACCAGUGCAACCAUUAACAUCAGUGCUGGUUCUGCUGAGCGAGAACACCUGAAUGAUAUGAUACUUGGUGGCAUGGCUGCCAGACUGCCCACUCUGUCUGAACCCCAGAAACAUGGCCAGCCCCAGGUAAACUUCAAUGAGGAGGUCAUUGAGGACAGCGCCCCACGUUGGAAGAGCGAGAGACUACAAGCAGAUGGGACAAUGUUAAAACUUGACCCAAUGCAUCCAAACACACUUUCUCCUCAUUAUGAUUCAACCCAUCCCCAAACAGAGGAUAUUAUCACAGUGAAUUUUUACAAUCCUCCUCCCCAUCAUAUCAUCCCCGAUCCUCCUGCUCAGGCUCACAAGCUCCAAGGAGGAGAUCCAACAUCCUGGACACUUUCUGACUUUUAUGAUUAUCUGUCACCUGACUAUUCCACCACUGAAGUUUACCCUGAAGAGAGCCAACCAACACCUCCUGAUAUGGAAGAUGAAAAUGUCCGUCUUGUUGCUGGUGCUGUGCCCUCUAACAUGAAACCGUUUGCCUCUGAAGGUAAUGUUUCUGCAGGAGCAUUGGAUCUGGCAGAAAAUUCAGGUUGUCUUCUUGGAUUUGUACGUAGCAAUGGCACAUGUUUCUCGCCAUGUGAGUUCUACACCAGUUACUGCUUCAAUGGAGGACAGUGUUAUGUGGUUGACGGUAUUGGUGCUUUCUGCAGGUGUAAUGUGCAGGAGUAUAUCUGGAACAAGGGAUCCAGGUGUGAAUCUGUCAUUUCAGACUUCCAGGUGAUGUGUAUGGCAGUGGGUGGGGCCACCAUCAUGUUGCUCCUCCUCUUUAUGGUUAUCGUCUUUUUCUCCAAGAGGCUGCACCUGCUUAAGACCGAAAACAGACGACUUCGCAAACGCAGCAAGUACCGGCCACAGUCAGGGCAGCUUGUCGAUAACUUCUCGCUGUCUACCGCUGCAGAGGGCUCUCAGGCAAAUGUAAGGAAACUGUGUGACAACCUGACUAAUCUCCCCCAUGCCCACGCUUUGGCUUACUAUGAUAACAUUAUUUGUCAGGAUGACACUGCCAAGGAGGAGCCAGUCAAAUCCUCCCCUAAAGAGGAUGAGUCUCUGAACAUCCAGAACUCACUCACGGCAAAACCUGAAAACAACAAGGCUGCCAGUGAAGACAAUGCAGAGGAGGUAAACUCAGUGCAGAACAACGUGAAUGUGUAGUACCACAGUUUUGCCACAGGCUGGCGCUGUGACUGUAACAAGGCACACUCACCAGACGUUCCCCCAUGAUUAUUAAAAUUCCAUAAUGGUCACACAUUAAAGACUCCAUGAAAACGCUUGAUGAGUGCAGUUUUCUGUGCUUUGUUGAUGUAUUUCCUAUUGACACAGGAUUUUAGGCAGGACAUAUCGAAGCCAGAAUUGCCAAUAAACUUUAGCUUUGUCACAGUAAUUAACCAUGAUUUGCUACUAGCUGGUCAGUUAUAGGGGAGAGCAUUUGUUUGGAAAAAAAAUCUGUGUAGAGCAACAGUGCCUGCCCACUCUAGGAAGUACAUUCCCCAUUAUUUUUUUUCAUAGGGAUUUCAUAGAAUCUUUCAUUAAAGAGUUCUAAACCAUGAACCAAAUCAACCAGCUCCAAGGUGAUUCACAUAAUUACAAACUUUGAUCUAACAUGGUGAUCUACCUUGCACCCACAUUAAGAUGGCACAAUUGUAGGCUUCAAAACACACAACCGAAGCACAGAACUAGCAUGCUAAUCCAUGACGGUGUUCUGUCACUCUUGUAGCGAUAAGUGUACCCUACCAGCAAAUGGCGUUACCACUUUCACCUCGUCUUUGCUUGCUGUCACUGCUGAUGUCAUGCUGCAUCAUGUUAAUGUCAAGCUUUGUUAUGCUAUGUUCUGCUAAGUCAGUGUUUCCCAACCACUGUGCCAUGGCACACUAGUGUGCCAUGAAAGAUUGUCAGGUGUGCCAUGGAAAAUUGUCAAAUUCCACAAAAUAUAUAAAUGCAUGAAAUUAAAUAAUAAUAAUUUCAGGGAUCCAAUCUCCUCACCUUACGGAGAUAUUCGCCGUUUUGAAACCAUAAUCGGUCACUUUUGUGAUUGUUUUCAGCCUCCUGAAGCAAAUUAAAACUGCCACGAGAAGUCGUCUGUCUGAGGCAAACACACAAAAUGUAAUGACGUUUGCCUCAGCAUCAGUCUCCCUUGAUGCGUUUGAUUAUGCACAGAAGAGCACCCAGUUUAAGUCGAAGCAGAUGUGUUUUGUUCAUAUUUUAAUCAUAUUUGUUUUUUGAAAUAUAACCGAUGUUCAUAUUUUAGUGACAUCCGCUGUCACGGAGGGUGGGGGGAACAUUCAUCUGCUUCGUGUGCAGUCUCUGUUGUUCGUCUUUUCUCUUCAUAAAUAAAUUAAUGCAUAAUGCUCGUCCUGUAAGUUCAUGUUUAAAAAUGAAAAUGUGAACGAAAAUAAAAGCUAUUAAAUGUCUUAUCAUUAAAAUAUGAAAAUUUAAAUGAAGGGUAUUAAUAGAUUGUGAUGGAAUUUUUAAGACCCUGUCUGUCUAAAUGAUGGACGAUGAGAAAGUCUAACGCAAUGUGAUUUUUUUUUUUUUGCAUUGCGGAAUUUCAAACAUUACAAGUAAACACACUACUGAGACGGACAGAAAAUAUGUACAAGUUCUUGAAAAGGAAAAAUAUUUAAGAUGGUUAGCCUAUGUGGGAUAGUAGUGUGCCAUAGAGUUUUUAAGACGUAAAAAGUGUGCCGUGGCAGAAAAAACGUUGGGAAACACUGCGCUGUCACACUCAGCUAUGAGACACGUCACACAAACCCAAAGGUUUAGUCUUAGGAUUCCAGCCUUUGAUCUUGUACCUUCAAUGUGACCAACACCUUCUCCUUCUAAACUCCUCUUUGUCCUGCCUUACUCCAAGUCAGCAUGCAUUGUAUUCCUUCAUAAAAAAAAAAAAAAUGUUUUAUGGGAAAUAACAUAGCAAAUUAGACAGUGUUAAAAAAAAAUCCCUGAAAUUUGUAGAUGUUUGUUGAAUUAUUCAGUGAAUAUUUCUGAGUAUACAUUCAAAUACUGCUUGGAUUGAUAUUUAUAUGCAGUGCCAUACUGCUUUAAAGCUCAUGUGUCUUGAAAUUAAUUGAUUUAGAAUGAUUUUGAUGUAUUAAGAUUUUUGUUUUUGUACAUUUUUGGAGAUAAAGCAAAUGAGAAUAAAGUCAGUUUGUUUGGAAUAAAACAUUUGAUCAGUACACAACUGAGUGCUAUUG